AUGAGAGCGAGACGUGAUCAUCUUUAUUAUGGUUCACCUAUGUAUCUUUCUUCUCAUCUAAUGAAUUUAAAUGAUGGUCGAUCAUCAUCAUCAUCAUCAUCUUCACAAGCAAAUUAUAAUACACAUGUUCCAACAAUAAUGCCAAUUCAACAAUUAAAUAUUCAAAAUUUAGGUCCUGGUGCACCAUCCAAUUCUCAACAACAACAAAACCAAUCAAAUAAUUCACCACUUGACUCAAUAAUAAAUUAUUUAAAAGCAACACAACAAAAUUAA